AUGGUUAAUAACAAUAGUAUAGUCAAAGGAACAAAUCUAAUAAUAGAAUUUGUUUUGAACAAGGAUUUAAGCCCCAAAGAUUACGAAAAUAUCCAGUCCGUUUCACCUGAUAAUAACGAAAAAUAUGAAUAUGGCCGACCCUCUUCUCAAGAAUCGGGUCCUACGAAAAUUCAACAUGUACAAGAUCAAAUAGACAAUACAAAGAGUGAGAUUCAUAAGUCACUUUUUGAUAUGGCCAACCGAGGAAAGAAAUUGGGUGACUUGGAAGAACAAACGGGUUUAGGAUUUCUUACACAUGCUCUACUUAAUAACACCAACGCUAAAAGGAUAAUCGCAUUAGAUAAUGAUAAAGAUUGUGUUGAGAAUCUUGCGCGAUUAGCUGAAGAAUCUUCUGGCAGAUUAGAGGUUAUACAAGCUGAGAAUAACAUUGUUUCAAAAUUUGCAUCAAACAAGCUCGAAGCAAUCUGUACGUGGUUACAAAAAGAGAAACUUGCUGAUAUGCAAAUAUAUCCAUGGGAAGAAGGAGCUGGUGCAGAGUCUCUUAUAAAAAAUUUGUCAUUUGAUUCUCAAGUCCUUGUUAAGGAUACAACGGUUGAACAAUUUAUUGAAUUGGCUCAAAUUUUCGAACAAUGGCCAUUUAGGCCAGUUAACUUACAU